AUGACGUUUAAGAUUUUCGUCGGUGGACAGCGGGUGAAGAGCGAGGAGGUGUUGGGGCGGUGUUGGGGCGCGGGCAAUCGGGACGGGCAGAAACGCACGCGACACGGUGACGGGGGCGCGGGCGGGACCAUGGGGACGUGUGACGCGAACGCGCGGGCAGACGGGACGGACGCGCACGAGCCGAGCGCGAAACGCGCGGCGACGUGA